AUGUUAGAAUGUUCAUUAUCAAUAAUAAUUAAGUUAAAUACACAAACAACAUAUGAACAAUUUAUAAUAUAUAGUUUACCAUUAAUACGUGAAUACUUAUCCGAUAUAAUUGGUGUUAAUAUACGUCAUGUACAUAUAUAUACAUUUGUUUUAAAAAAUCAACAACAAAUUGAAUUACUUAUUGCUAUAAUACGUUAUCCAUCACGUUUAAGACCACUACGUAAUUUAAAAUCAUGUGAAAAUAAUGGUCGUUGUACAAGCCAUAUUAAAUGUAUUGAAGAAAGUUCAACAUUAUAUACUUGUCAAAGUAUGGAUGAACCAUGUAAUGAUAAUGAAAUUUUAUUAGAAAAUACAUUAGAUUGUAUUAAUAUUAAUUCACCAACAUGUCGAGACUCAUCAAAUACUGUAACAUUUGAUGGUUAUAGUUUUGUUCGUAUGAAUAUAACAAUGAAUCUAACUCAACAUAUAAAUACAACUUUUACAUUUCGUACACAAGUUUGA